AUGGCUGCAGCACGCCGAUGGACCCAUGUAAUCCGCUUCAUCUUGAAAGAGGAUGGACGGAUUCACCUUGGCCAGAUCGACAGGAAGAAGCCCCUAGAUAUCCGCCUCGCUUUCCUGGAAGGGAAAGAGGUGGAAGCAAACUGUAUUUCCAGAUCCGUGUUCGAUGGCGUCGUGACGGACCGAAAGUUACACGUUGCCGAUACACCGCUAAUUCCAUUAAACUACAGGGACCACGCCAAUGAGGCCAACAUGGCCAUACCAGACUUAGCAGUUGUCAUCUCCAAGGAAUGCCGCGAUGUGCCUGAGUCAGAGGCGUACAACUAUUUUCUAAGCAACACCAGCAGCAACGACGUUAGUGCCAGGGCCCAACAGCGGACGAACAGCCAGUGGCGCCUUAGCAAGGGUCUUGACGGGGAAACGAUCUUUGAUAUCCUGAAGACUAUUGCAUUUCUAUCCCAGGGGACCACUCUAGAGAGAGGCACUGUCAUCCUCACAGGAACAGGCCCUGGCAUAGGAAUGGUCAGGAGCCAAAGAGUGUAUGUUCAGGACAUAGGGACGCUGGUUAAUAAAGUCCAUCAUGAGUAA